CACGAGGCGGCUAAUUUGUUUACAUCCUCCCUCCCCUUAAAGCGGCGUUGUGAGGGAUGAACCGACUCCGCCUCAGACGAUAAGAAAAUAAAGUUUAAUAUUUACUUAUUUUCGGGACUCCUCCUGCCUCAAAAGGGGGGGAGGGCCGCGUCAAGUUCGCCGUUCUUCAGCGACUCGCGCGCGCCGCCGCCUCCGAUGCUGCCAAGGCCGAUUUCGUGAGGGCCUCGUUUGUUGGUGCGGGAGGGACGGAGGGAGCCGAGAGAUGGAGGGGAGGGGUGGAGUCAUCGGAGCAGCAGCAGGAGAAGCGAGCGACUCCAUGAAAGAGCCGCUUCUGGGCUCACGUGGUGGUGGUGGUGGCGGCGGUGGUGGACGGCUGGAAGAGCGAGGUGGUGACUACGAGGAGGAUGAGGAGGGAGAAGGGGAGUUGGAUCCGCAUGUGGUGGAGCAAUACUACAGCAAGGUGCAGAACGGGCGCCUGUACUUGGCUGUGCUGAGCACGGCUCUGGGGCCGCUGAGCCUGGGACUGACGCUGGGGUACAGCUCCCCGGCCAUCCCCGACCUCGAGCUCAGCCCCGAGGCCCAGCUCAGGCUGAGCCCUGCGCAGGUGUCGUGGUUCGGGUCGCUGGUGACGAUCGGCGCGGUGCUGGCGGGGCCGCUGGCGGGGCUGCUGGUGGAGCGCCUGGGCAGGAAGCCGACGCUGAUGCUGAGCUCCGUGCCGUUCGUGUUCGGCUGGCUGCUGCUGAUGACGGCGCAGAGCCCCGGGGCGCUGUACGCGGGCCGCACCCUCACGGGGCUAGCGGGGGGCACCGCGUCGCUCGUCGUACCCGUGUACAUCUCAGAGGUCUCUCACCCAGCGGUGCGCGGAGCCCUCGGCUCCUGCAUGCAGCUCAUGGUGGUGCUGGGCAUCUUCACGGCCUACGCCGCCGGCUUGAUCCUCGGCUGGCGCUGGCUGGCCGUACUGUGCGCCGUGCCACCCACGCUGAUGCUGCUGCUGCUCGUUGCCGUCGUGCCGGAGUCUCCGCGGUUCCUGCUGAGCCGUCCCCGGCGCCGAGCUGAGGCCGUGGCAGCGCUGACGGUGCUGCGGGGAGACGCCGUGGACGUCCGCACCGAGAUCCGGCUCAUCCGGCAAGGGCAGCAGCAGCAGCAGCAGGAGCGGCUGAGCUGGCGGGAGCUGCGCAUGCCCGUCCUCUACAAGCCGCUGGCCGUCACCGUGCUGCUGAUGACGCUGCAGCAGUUCUCGGGGAUCAACGCGGUGAUGCUGUACGCAGAGUCCAUCUUCAGGGCGGCGAACAUCCAGAACAGUGCGGAGGCGCCCGUGAUGAUCGCCGCGGUGCAGGUUGUCGUCACGCUCCUCUCCGGGUUCCUCAUGGACCGUGCCGGACGCAAGCUGCUGCUGUGCCUCUCUGGGGUCAUCAUGGCCGCCAGCGCCGCGACCUUUGGAGCCUACUUCAAGCUGACGGGGUCGGGCGGCAACGGGACGCUGGGCGCCCUGGACCUUGCAUUGCCGUACGCCGGCGGGGCCCCGGACCAUGAGUUGGCGAUGGAGGGGGCGGCGAGCACGGGCUCGCUCGGCUGGCUGGCGCUCGCCAGCAUGCUCCUCUACAUCGUAGGCUUCUCGCUGGGCUGGGGUCCCAUCCCCUGGAUCGUGAUGUCCGAGGUGUUCCCUGUGCGCUGGAGGGGGGUCGCGAGCGGCGUGUGCGUCGCCGUCAACUGGACCUCGGCGUUCGUCGUCACCAAGGAGUUCCACGACUUCAGCGAGUGGUUGGGUUUCCCCGGCGCGUUCUGGUUCUUCGCCAGCGUGUGCGCGGCCGGGUUCGUGCUGACGAUCGUCGCCCUUCCCGAAACCAAAGGGCGAUCCCUCGAGCAGAUCCAGGCGCACUUCGAGGGGCGACCAUCGCCCCUCUCUCCUCCACCGCCACCACUCGCUGCUUCCUCAACCCCUGCUGCAGCAGCAGCAGCAGGUUCACUUGGCCAAGCUGCUGUGACUGGGGCAGGGGAUGAACUCUCGGUGCAAGAACCCUGAGGCUUGAGGGUGGUGGAGUUUUUGGUGGUGGUGUUGGUUGGGGUGGUAGUGGUGGUGUGAAAGUUGGGAGGUGGUUGUGAUGGUGGUAGCAGUGGUGAUGAUGUUGGCAGUGAGAGUUGGAGGUAGUGAUGGUGGUUGUGGUGGAGGAGUUGGUGGUCAUGACGGAGGAGUUUGUGGUGAUCGAGACGACUUGGAGUUAUUUUGUUUCAUUGAAAUAUUUUGCCUGGAAACUCGCUUGAGAUGGAACCAAUCCCGAUCGCAAGGGCCAUCUCUGGUUGUCGAUUGGCACCUUACAGAGCAAACACACACGACCGCACGUGUACAAACAUUCUAAAUCUAUAUCUUAGACUUACAGAAGGACUCGCCGAAUAUUGAUUCUAUGAAUCACUACGAUUUAGCAUCAGUGAUCGAUAUUUUUUAUCGUAGUUAUCCAAUCGCUGCGACGUUCACUCGUCGCCGUGAGAACAUAUUUUCUCGGAGUAAAAAACAAAAAAAGCGAAUGGGUUUUAAUCACAAAUGUUUCGAAGUGAUCGUACGUGAUUCCAUUUAAAAUAAUCGAAUCGUGAUUUGAUUUUUUUUGUACCAGAUGCGCGCAUCGAUGCGCGUUAUCGUGAGCGGUGGCACAGCGGUUAACAGCCUCGGUUUAUCAUCCUGGCAAAGGCUAACGCCGUUGGCGAAGUGGUAUCUGAACCUUGAAACCAGCUGUAUGUAUGUAAUCUGAACUUCUUUCGCACCCUAUGUAGUCAACCGCGUUAAUCGGAGGUGCAGUGUUGAGUCUAUGGGCAGUGUUGAGUCUAUGGGUGGUGUUGAGUCUAUGGGCGGUGUUGAGUCUAUGGGCGGUGUUGAGUCUAUGGGCAGUGUUGAGUCUAUGGGUAGUGUUGAGUCUAUGGGUAGUGUUGAGUCUAUGGGCAGUGUUGAGUCUAUGGGUAGUGUUGAGUCUAUGGGUAGUGUUGAGUCUAUGGGUAGUGUUGAGUCUAUGGGCAGUGUUGAGUCUAUGGGUAGUGUUGAGUCUAUGGGUAGUGUUGAGUCUAUGGGCAGUGUUGAGUCUAUGGGCGGUGUUGAGUCUAUGGGCAGUGUUGAGUCUAUGGGUAGUGUUGAGUCUAUGGGUAGUGUUGAGUCUAUGGGCAGUGUUGAGUCUAUGGGCAGUGUUGAGUCUAUGGGCAGUGUUGAGUCUAUGGGUAGUGUUGAGUCUAUGGGCAGUGUUGAGUCUAUGGGCAGUGUUGAGUCUAUGGGCAGUGCAGAGUCUAUGGGUAGUGUUGAGUCUAUGGGCAGUGUUGAGUCUGGGCGGUAUGUAUGUUAAACUUAUUUCACACUGUACACAACCAACCAUGCUAAUCGGAGGGGCAGUGUUGAGUCUGGGCGGUGUUGAGUGUGGUUAGUAUGUACGGUGAACUUCUUUCGCACCGUACGUUGCCAACCGUGCUAAUCGGAUGUGCAAUUGUGAGUUUCUCCCCUCGGCACCAGUCAACAGAGGUCGCAAACGGGUUUUGAUUCCUUACCCGUACCCGGCCGCACCAGGGUCGCAAACGGGUACCCGUACCCGGCCGGGCACGGGUAGCCGGGUAUCGGGUAAGGUACGGGUAUCGGGUACCCGGUUGCGACUUCUGCACCAGUCAAACACGCACUGCCAGGCGUGGUGAAGUAUGGUCAAACAGCCACCGUCAUCAAACACAUCCAGCGGUGGAUUUGCAAAAGUUGCCGAGCUGGUGAUAACGGAGCAGCCGACUUGCAAAGACAGUGUGUCGAAUACCGCGUGUGGAAUACCAGCGUGUGGAAUACCACGUGUCGAAGGGAGAAACUAACCACGUCUUUUUAAGCGUAAAUAUAUCGUGGGCCAUUUGGCUAGAAUGUGUGAAAGUGCAAUACUUCUUGUGGUUACCUGAGGAGGGUCUUCGAACCUGUGAGUGCGAUGUCCCCCAGCCUCACACCACGGCAGCAUCCCCAGGUGCCGCCAUCAGAGGGCAACUCUGUAACAGGAUCUUUAUUGUAGAUUUGAAGUUUUCGUGGCUGCAAGGAUCCAUACUCGUGGUUGUUUCGGUAAAGUCACGUAGAUUUCGAUUUAAAGCUUUCGUGACUGCAGGGAUUCAUCUUCUUGGUUCUUUCGGUAAAGUCACGUAGAAGGGAAAUAAUAAAAUAAAAUAAAUAUUUUAGUAUGUUUAAAUUUUUUUCUUUUAUUAUUUCCCUUCUACGUGACUUUACCGAAAGAACCAAGAAGAAGAAAAUUCACGUAGGUUAAGAAAAUAAAAGAUAAAUCAAUUAAAUCACGACGUUUCGAUUGCAACACAAGCAAUCAUCAUCAGAUGUGACAACCACGGCAAGAACAUUUUCUUGCCGUGCUUGUGUUGCAAUCGAAACGUCGCGAUUUAAUUAUUUUUUUUAUCUUUUUUAUUUUCUUUACCUAUGUGACUUUACCGAAAGAACCAGGAUCUUUAUCUUGGGGAAAUUCGAUGAGUUGUGAAACUCUUUUUGGGUUUUUUUUUCUCCCCACAGAUGAUCCAGUAGGGGGCACGGGCAACAAUCAAUACCAAAAAAUCGAGCGCUAAUUUCAAAUAGAUCAAGUGUGUAUCAGUUAAAAUUGCAUAAAAACAUCGAUGCAAGCGUCUUAAACCACAACUCCGCCUCUGUCUGCCCAGCGGUUUAAAUGGGUUCACGUUUUGGUGGGGUCGAGUGUGGGUCACACUUUUUUUUCUCUCACCCCAAACGCUGUUGAUAAGUUUGCACUCCCAGAAUGCCGUGUGGGCCGAUGGGCUAAAGUCCUUGCGUAUUUUGUUUGUUGCUACGUGAAGACACGAACAUGGGAUGGAGGCAGCGUGUUGUGUGCCGAUUUAUUUUCGCGAAUUAUCCCGGCAAAUCGGAGGGUGCCGUCGUGUAUUUGUCGGCGUGUCCCAGUGGUUUUUUGUUGUUGUUGGUUCCAGCCAGGGGAUUGCCAACAUGUCACGAUUGUUUACAGCGAGGAGACUGGCCUGUGAUGGUGCAUGUGGCGGCAGGUUUCGCCCGUGCUCCGAAUCAUCAUCAGCAGCAGCAGCAGCAGCGUGGUAUCAAUGGGGCGCUUUAGCCAAGCGCAGUGCAGAGCCGGGGUCUGAAACCAAAGCAAGAACAGCCCUUUUUUUACGUGGUAAAAAAAUGAGCCAUUUUUUUUGUUUCAAAUCUGGAGCAGAGGUGGAGUUUGCUCCCGCGCAGAAGGGAAUUAAUAAAAUAAUAAAA